CCAUACCACCGAGGCCACCAAUAGCAAAACCCAUCAGGCUUUGGCAAUAGCCUAGCCUGGUCCCAGGUCUCUUUGUGCUGUAUUGCCAACUUCUAUAGUUGUUGUCAUGCCAAAGACGAUAAGGAUUGGCAAUACGGCCCAAAGACACCUGGAACCAGGCUAGUAAAGGUAUCUUUAUUUCAAUAGAACUCAGGUUGUCAAUGAUAGGCGGCUAAAGUCAGUUGAUAGAGAAGGUGUUCAUGGCUUUGCAUAAUGAGCCCAGAUUAGGGAGCGCUAACGCUGACACACAGGUGUACCUCUCAUUCAGAGCUGCCGGCACCAAGAACUCAGGGCAGGUACAGAAACACACACAAGUACUAAGAGGGACAGAAAGACCGAGGGGAACCAAGACAGACAGAAAGACAGACUAGCUAAGUCACCAUGGCCCCACUCUGGGCACAGGCCUUCCUCCUGGUCACCAUGGCGAUGACGGAUGUCCAGGGAACGGUGGAGAAGGAGCUCUCUCCAGAGUGCAGGGAGUUCCUAUACAUGGGGACGCCACCCGUGGGCCUGGAGGACCACUCGCUCCAGAAGAUCUGCCAGCGCUACAACAACAAGCCGCGCUACGUCACGCUGUACGACACCGCCAACCACGUCCCCAUCUACUCAGCCUACACCUUCAAACGCUCCGACGGGGAGAAAAGGGUGGACGUGCCCUGGAUGUACGAACCACAGCUGUCCACAGUUUCUGACACCAGGGAGAUGCAGGCGUUCCCGCGCGGCUACAUGCACAGGAACUUUGAGGACGCCCAGGCCAUCCUGGACGACUACACCAACGCCGUCCUCUACGAGCGUGGCCACCUCAACCCUGACGAGCACCAGGCUGACCCAGACGACAAGGCCUCCACCUACACUCUGACCAACGUGGUGCCCCAGGUCAGAGAGUUCAGCGCUGGCACAUGGAAAGAGCAGGAGCACGUGAUCCGCAAGCGCCUCAACAACUACUGCCACGGCACCGCCUACGUCGUCACCGGAAUCACCACCUCAGGGAACAUGAUCCGGCGCCAUAACAUUGACCGCGUGGCGGUCCCGACGUACCUGUGGUCGGCCUACUGCUGUACCGACUACGACCACAACGCGCCGUACGAUGAGCGCUACAAGUUUCCAGCAUUCGCUCACUACGCCCUCAAUGAGAAGGAGAACAACCAGGUCCUGGAGUUGUCCGUCAAGAAACUGGAGGAGUUCCUCCAGAGGUCCACCUUCGUGGACAAGAACUUCCAGAUCUUUGCGGACGACUGUGUCCAGCCUGCCUUUGCUCUGCAUUAGGUUCCCUGGUCUCUCAGUGGACUUGACCUCCCCAAACCACAAGACCUUACAUUUAAUUUACACUUCCUGCAAUGGAAACAAGUCAACAAUAGCAGUCUUCUUAAAUUGCUGUUAUUGAUAGAUUGAUUGAUUCAUGUUUUUUUCCCCCUCUCCAAAUACUUUCUGCAAAGAUCAUGUAGGCCAAAAUGAUGUUCCCAUCUAUGUCUGAUUACAUAAAGUUCACCCAUCUUAUGACAUACAAUUGAUAUACAUUGUCACAAAAUGGGUUCUAUAAUGUGACAUUAGCAAGGCUCUCAUUCAGAGCAACACCCAGUUUGUGCGUGGGAGGGGUGUUAUGUGACCUGCGAAGAAAAUAACAUACCAGCUCAAACAUACAUGACAAUAGAGGUUGUGGCUUAGUCCUGUGGUUGGUUGUGCUCUACUCUAGAUAUGAUAAGAGAUAUGAGAACAUGGUUGACAUCCCCUCAGGCAGAUGUUUAACACCUUCCACUACCCUCCUGUGGUUUUCAACAGGAAAUGUGUAAAACAACAACUGUUCAGACAGGUCUUACAAAUAAUAAAAGUCGUUGCUACUUGUGUCACUGAAGUUCCUGGAUGGAAUGUUGUUUUUCCUAUACGUCCACAGCACAGGGAGGUGCUGAGGGGAGGACGGCUCAUAAUAAUGGCUGGAACGGAGUAAAUGGAAUGGCAUCAACCACCUGGAAACCAUGUGUUUGAUGUAUUUGAUACCAUUCCACUGAUUCCGCUCCAGCCAUUACCACGAGUCCGUCCUCCGUAAUUAAGAUGCCACCAACCUCCUGUGAUCCACAAUCUUAUUUACUGGAAGCCUAUCAUACAAAUUCCAGUGACAAUCAAGUCUGUGAAGUAAAACUCUCAUGGCACAGCUAGGUUUCCAGACUUCACCUACUACGCCUUCAACGAGGUAAAUAUAGUUAUUUUACCAUUAUAUUACAUACAGAAUAUUACUUUUGUGAAAAUGUGUCAAAUAAUCCUGUAAGGGAUGGGUUGCUAACAACGAAUUGAUGCAUAAAUAAAAUAUAUAAUUCCUUCA